CCCUAGGCGCCUAGGCGGGUGGCGGUGGCCAUUGGCGGACAGGAGGGCGGGGCGGGGUCGCCCGGAGCGGCUAUACUAGGCCGUUCCAGUGGAGGUGAGCAGCCGGCCCGGGAGGCACUGUGUGUGCUGCAGCGAUCCGGCUUGCAGCAGCGAUCCGGCUUGGCCCUGGGAGGAAGGCUGUGUACAGCAGCUACCCGGCUUGGCCAUGGCAGCGGCGCCUCUGAAAGUGUGCAUCGUGGGCUCCGGGAACUGGGGAUCAGCUGUUGCAAAAAUCAUCGGAAGCAAUGUGAAGAACCUGCAGAAGUUCUCCUCCACGGUCAAGAUGUGGGUCUUCGAAGAGACUGUGAACGGGAGGAAGUUGACAGACAUCAUCAACAAUGACCACGAAAAUGUGAAAUAUCUCCCGGGACACAAGCUACCAGAAAAUGUGGUCGCUGUCCCAAAUCUCGGCGAAGCCGUGCAGGACGCAGACCUGUUGGUGUUCGUUAUCCCCCACCAGUUCAUUCACAAGAUCUGCGAUGAGAUCACGGGCAGGGUGCCCAAGAAGGCCGUGGGAAUCACCCUCAUCAAGGGUAUAGAUGAGGGCCCGGACGGGCUGAAGCUCAUCUCCGACAUCAUCCGGGAGAAGAUGGGGAUUGACAUCAGUGUGCUGAUGGGGGCCAACAUCGCCAGCGAGGUCGCUGCGGAGAAGUUCUGCGAGACCACCAUUGGCAGCAAAGUGUUGCAGAACGGCCUUCUCUUCAAAGAGCUGCUGCAGACGCCCAAUUUCAGAAUCACGGUGGUGGAUGAUGCAGACACCGUGGAACUCUGCGGUGCUCUUAAGAACAUUGUUGCUGUGGGAGCCGGCUUCUGCGAUGGCCUCUGCUGUGGGGACAACACCAAGGCAGCCGUCAUCCGCCUGGGCCUCAUGGAAAUGAUCGCUUUCGCCAAGAUCUUCUGUAAGGGCCAGGUGUCCACGGCCACCUUCUUGGAGAGCUGCGGGGUGGCCGACCUCAUCACCACCUGCUACGGAGGGCGGAACCGCAAGGUGGCAGAAGCCUUCGCCAGGACCGGGAAGACCAUCGAAGAGCUGGAGAAGGAGCUGCUGAACGGACAGAAGCUCCAGGGACCUCAGACCUCUGCGGAGGUGUACCGCAUCCUCAAGCAGAAGGGGCUGCUGGACAAGUUUCCCCUCUUCACUGCCGUGUAUCAGAUCUGCUAUGAAGGCAGACCUGUCACCCAGAUGCUGUCCUGCCUGCAGAGCCACCCGGAGCACAUCUGA